AUGGCUCUUGGUGACUCCGCUGCAGCACAAGAUAUCAUCGUUGUACUCCGUUCGCCAAGCAAGGCAGAGCAAGAGACUGCUUCCGCAGCCCUGGAAGGCGGUCCCAACUUUUGGCGGGUUACUGAGGAGGGACGUCAGAAAAGUAAAAGUACCGCUGUGGCAGUCCUGCAGGCGGCCAGCUUCUUGGGGUGCGAGAAUCCAAUCCAAGCAUGUUGUGAGUACUUGAACGCUGCGGUUUGGCCGGAAGAAGACAUUGACAGCAUCAAAGAGAUUGUACAGGGGCUCGGUUCCGAGGUUGCCAAGGCUGUGGCAGGGAAGCUGGCAGAGUUUGAGAGGGACUCUACGUUCUUGGAGCCUUUCUUCGAGAUCCUGUUAAUGGGGAUGCUCGCUCAAAGUGGGACGGCGGAAGAACUUCUUCACACUCAUGCCAAGUCGAAGUGGCAAGGUCUUCCCAAGGAUUUCAUUGAGGAUGCAGUUUCUUAUCAAAUUGUGGAGCUUCAAGGCAAGUUUGAACAGCUUUUGCAUGGAGGCUUGGAACUCUCUAGCCAGCACUUUUCGCGCACGAUCUCUGCAUUGGCGCAGCUCCUCCGUUUCUGUGUGACACACGACGUUUGCCACAACGAAGCGACAGAAGCAUUCGUCAAGCCCGAGGAGCUCGCAGCUGAUUUCAGCAGGCUUGCUGACAGGAAAGGCUUGGAAGAUCAGGCAAGCGCCGACGCAGUAUUUGGACUCCUCUCCAAUGUGCUCACUUUGAUACGAAGCACAACCUUGUAG